AUGGGAGUCGAAAUGAAAAUGGCGGGAAAGAAGAAAGCCGGCGAGGUCCCGGCGACGGAAGGAGCAUCGGAGGUCUGUUGGAGAAAAGAGGUCGAUAACAACAUCAACAGGCUUCAAUCACUCCUCUUCGGUGCCGACCUUGCUUUUCAGAAGGGAGAUUUCUUUUCCGCACAAGUUCUCGCUCUCCAACUAGUAGGUUUCCUCGACUCUCAUACUCUCUCCGAUGUUGACAACGCAUUCAUUCAACCUAUUCGCCGGGAAGCUCUCUCCAAGAUCGAUGCCGCUCGACAAUCCAUUGCUGCAGAAUCUGAUCGCCUUGCAUUUGAACAAGCAGGUGUGGAUUCAGGCUGCAUCUUUAGCAAGAAAGGGAAGAUUGAUAUGUGCAGAAUUAAGGAGUCCAAGUUCUUUCAGGCACUUGUUCAGAAAACUGAGGAACCUAGCAAAGAAUCAGGAGGUCAACUGGAUAGACAAGACAAGCAAAGUUGCAAGACCUCAAAAGUAAUGACACAAGCCAAAUUGCCAUUUUUGUACAGAAACAACACAGCAACUGCUGAACGGAGCACAAAUGGUGAGACCUCUAUGAAUAACAGAAGUAUCUCUGAGGUCUCAAGUAUACUGGAAAGGGUGGAUUCACUUCAAGACACCAUCGACAACCAUGGUGGUUCUAGAUUUCCCAAACUUGAGGAAAAUAGGAUUCAUGGAAAUGGUUUCAGGACAAAAAGAACACAUAAAGAAAUCAACAGUCCAAGAGUUGAUGGAAUAAAAUCGCCAUCAUGCAAUGAAGAUGCCGAUACCGAUACUGAUGGGGCUGCAAAUGGUUUUGUAACUGCCAGGACAAAAUUGGAAAUGGAGGCAAGGCAGCAAAGGCGAGGGAUGUCAGGCUCUCCAUGUGCAUCUGUCUCUCCAAGGAAUGAUAAUAACAGGGGGGGUUAUGGUGCAAAAUCAUAUGGUUUUGCACGCCGUGGUGUACGUGGUAAUUUUGUUCCACCUGUCCGGUCCAAUGGAAACAAUACGGGUGGUGUGGCAUCACGAGGUGCAGGGAAGAGUGACGACACAUUAGAGGACUCAACAAGGAGAUGUUUGGAAAUGCUCUAUGGUCCUGAUGGUGAACUUCCUGAGAAGUUAAGGAACUUGGAACCCAGGCUUAUUGAACAUAUCAGUAAUGAAAUUAUGAACCGGGAUCCCCUUGUCCGUUGGGAUGAUAUUGCUGGGUUGGAGCAUGCUAAGAAAUGUGUUACUGAAAUGGUAAUAUGGCCAUUAUUGCGUCCCGACAUAUUCAAAGGCUGCCGUACCCCAGGGAGAGGUCUUCUUUUGUUUGGUCCUCCAGGAACUGGCAAGACGUUAAUUGGUAAAGCUAUAGCUGGAGAGGCUAAGGCAACUUUUUUCUACAUUUCUGCCAGUUCACUAACGAGUAAAUGGAUUGGUGAAGGUGAAAAAUUAGUGCGUGCUCUUUUUGGAGUUGCCAGCUGCCGCCAACCAGCUGUGAUAUUCAUUGACGAAAUAGACUCACUUCUUUCUCAGCGGAAAUCUGAAGGAGAACAUGAAUCAAGUCGACGACUGAAGACUCAAUUUCUCAUAGAGAUGGAAGGCUUUGAUAAUGGAAAUGAACAAGUUUUGCUUAUAGGAGCCACAAACAGACCCCAAGAACUCGACGAGGCAGCAAGGAGGCGACUUACUAAACGACUGUAUAUACCCCUGCCUUCCUCAGAUGCAAGAGCGUGGAUUGUGCGGCAUCUGCUACAGAAAGAUGAGUUAUUUAAGCUGAGUGAAGAGGAUAUGGAGUGCAUAUGCAAGUUAACUGAAGGAUAUUCGGGAUCAGACAUGAAGAAUCUAGUAAUGGAUGCUUCGAUGGGUCCGCUGAGGGAUGCUCUGAGGCAAGGAAUAGAGAUUACUAAUCUGAAAAAGGAGGAUUUGAGGACAGUUAUUGUUGAGGAUUUCAAGAAUGCGUUGCAAGAGGUAAGGCCAUCUGUGUCUUGUAAUGAGCUUGGGACAUACGAGGAAUGGAAUAAACAAUUUGGAAGCUUGUCAGUUUAGCAUCCAACUUUGGGGUAUAUUAUUACUUUCUCUUCCUUCUUCUAAUUCACUGCAAAAUAUAUAUAUAUAUAUAAUAUAUCAAGAUUAAACUAAAAACUCCCACUGUCUUGUUAUUUUGUGAUUUUUUUGCUUUACAAAAAACAGUUCAUAUGGGUUAAA